AUGAGAGAUCCAGUAAUCCCUGGGACGAGCAUGGCUUAUCAUCCUUUUUUACCUCACCGGGCACCGGACUUUGCCAUGAGCGCUGUGUUGGGACAUCAACCUCCCUUCUUCCCGGCUCUGGCUUUGCCUCCCAACGGGGCGGCUGCCCUCUCACUUCCCGGGGCUCUGGCUAAACCCAUUAUGGAUCAGUUAGUGGGGGCUACAGAGACUGGUAUCCCCUUUUCUUCCCUGGGUCACCAGGCAGCAGCUCAUCUGAGGCCUUUAAAAACUCUGGAGCCAGAAGAAGAGGUGGAAGAUGAUCCGAAAGUGCAUCUGGAAGCCAAAGAACUUUGGGAGCAAUUCCAUAAAAGAGGGACGGAGAUGGUCAUUACCAAAUCGGGAAGGUAGGUCCGGAUCGGGGGAUUCGAUAAAAAGUCCAAGUACUUUUUAUGGAUUGAUAUUGUGGCGGCUGAUGAUUGUAGGUACAAAUUCCAUAAUUCCCGGUGGAUGGUAGCCGGCAAAGCUGACCCUGAAAUGCCAAAGAGAAUGUACAUCCACCCGGACAGCCCGGCCACCGGCGAACAAUGGAUGUCCAAAGUCGUCACCUUCCACAAGCUGAAGCUCACUAACAACAUCUCUGACAAGCACGGAUUU